AUGACGAGAGGUGCGGAAUACGAGCGUGUGCUAAGGUACUUGGACGAGGACGGUGAUGGGAAGAUUUCAGCGAGUGAGUUGAGGAAGGGAAUAGGGAUGGUGGGUGGGGAGUUUCUGAUGAGAGAGGCUGAGAUGGCGGUUGAGACGUUGGAUUCGGACGGUGAUGGGUUUCUGUGUUUGGAGGAUUUGGUGAGGAUGAUGGAGGGAGUGGGAGAGGAAGAGAAGGUGAAGGAUUUGAGGGAAGCUUUUGAUUUGUACGACACCGAAGGGUGUGGGUUCAUCACCCCCAAAGCCUUGAAGAGGAUGCUCAAAAAGUUGGGUGAAUCCAAGUCCAUGGAUGAGUGCAAAACGAUGAUUGGUCGAUUUGAUUUGAACGGAGAUGGCAUGCUUAGCUUUGAAGAGUUCAGAAUUAUGAUGAAGUAA